AUGAUUAGGGAGCAUGGUUUCAUCAAGACACAGCAUCCCAACAGAAAAACUUUUGCUAUUGUUCGUGGAGCUCUCCAACUACGUGGAGGAUCAGACAUGUCAAUGCAGCAGGCGGCAAGUCACGGCGGGGACAACAUGAAUGAGCUGCAGAUGUUGCAAGUCAUGCAUGAUUUACUGGCCGCAACCUUACGAAGUGAUCAGAAUAUUCGACAGGAAGCUGAGAAGCAUUUGGACAUUCUGAGGCAAAAGCCUGGAUUUCUUCCAUGCCUCUUGAAAAUCAUUACCACAUCAGCUGUGAGCGUGGAGGUUCGUAUGUCCGCCGCGGUUUAUUUCAAGAAUUGCAUGAAGAAGGCCUGGAGUAAAGAACAGGCGGAAGGCGAUAGCGAUGCUCUGCAGUAUAGAGUUUCUGAUGCCGACAGAUUGAUCAUUCGUCAACACAUCGUUGAAACUGUCAUUCACCUUGAAUCUGAUCAAUUGAAAAGAUUACUAGCGGAUUGUUUGAAGUUCAUGGCAGAGACAGAGUCUGCAGAUUGGAUACCUCAGGCUGUGGGUCAGCUCAAGAAAUAUUUGACACUGGGAGCUGCUUCAAUACCUCAAAUGUGUGCUGCUCUAGAUGUGAUCUAUAAGGUGGAACUCGGUCUUCCUCGAGACAAGAUUUCCCCUCUUAUCUACGAGCUUUUCAUUCCGAUGAUGACUGUUGGCAAAGCAGCAAUCGAUGGACCUGUGGCUAGCCCCCAUGGUGCCCUUGUGCUGAAGAUGAUUUGCAAGAUUCUUUAUCGUGCCAAUCCUUCUUGGGACUGGAGCGAAGAAGCGGAACCAAAUCAGGACAUUUCCAUAUGGAAAGAUCAGUCAGACGUUGUUACUGGGUUUUUGGCUACUGUAAUUCAACGAGAGCUCCCACCAACAGGAGAAGACGAUUUUCUGAUCCAGUUCUGGCUUCCAAAGAAAUGGGCGGUGAGGUUUUUCACAAAGGCGACGUCAUUCUACAAGAAAUGUGACACCAAAGCAAGAAAAGCAUAUGAUUCUUUCUUCAAGGUAUUACAGUCGUGCAUCCCAGAAGUCAUGAAGACUGUUGUCGUUCUCAUGGAAAAGAGUUUCAAUGGAAACUUCAUUCCCAAGAAGGUUCAUUCGGAUUGUUUUGGACUCCUCUCGGAAUGUCAGAAAGUUCGAAAAUGCUGGAACGUGCUCAAACCCAACUUGAAACCACUGUUCUACCAUGUUGUGGUGCCUGCGAUGUGGCAUGGAGCACAUGAUGAGAAUCUUUGGCGGGAGGAUCCGGUGGAAUACAUUAUGAAGAAGUACGACGAUCAGGAGAGGAAUCAUUGCUUGAAGGAAGGAAUUUUCUAUGCAAUUGGGGCGAUGAAAGUUUCAUACGCGCGCGAGGGGAAAUAUUAUGACAAGAUCAUCUCAAUCAUCAAGAAGUAUGCUGUAAAGGAUCUUGAGUCAGACGUACCACACCUUCGAGCAUGUGCUUGUUGGAUUGUCGGAGAGUAUGACAGAUGGUAUAAGAUGAGCAGCUUUCCUUCAAUAGUCCGCAAGGUGGCAAAAUGCCUCAAAGACUCCGAGGUUCCUGUGCAGUAUGAAGCAGCUUUGUCAUUGAAGAAUCUCAUGGAAUCUGCCGAUGACUUGGAAGAGUUUCGUCCACUUAUUGCUGAAGUCCUACCAAACAUCAUUUCUCUCAUGCAGUCAAUUCAACACGAUGAAGUUGUAUCAGUUGCAGCUUUCAUGGUGGAGAGAUUUCCUGAAGAAGUCCUCCCUCUUGCAUCCAGUAUCUGCAAGAAUCUGUGCCAGACUAUCCUGGACAGUUCUGAAUCCGCGCACUUGAGCAAGACUGUCUUAUUGUCCGUUUCAAUCUCAGCGUUGUUGAGCCUCUUGAAUGCCAUGAAGGAUUUGCCUCACCUAUAUGGAGAGAUCGACAAUGAGAUUUUGAAAGUGUUGAAUAGAAUGUUUUCGAAUCAAGAGAGCAUGGGACAAUUCAUUGCAGAUGGAGUGGAAAUUUUGAACUACUUGACUUAUUGUGCCCCGUCAAUCACGGAUUCUGUUUGGAAUCUCUUCAAACCUCUUUGCGAGACGUUUCAUAGAGUCGGCUAUUCAGUGCUCGACAACUUUAACAGUGUUGUUUCAAACUACAUGCACAGCACAAAGAGAUUUGUUUCUGAUCCUAUGAAUGUGCAUAUGGUCUACACGGCCGCUGCCAAGUAUCUCUGUAAUAUUCCAGAAGCUGAAACUUUCUGUCCUCGUGCAGCCUCGCUCUUGAGCUUCAUGUUCUUGAACUGCAAGGAUGAGUCUGGAGGAUACGUCGAUGGAUAUGUAGACGACAUUGCGAACGGGCUGAUCUGUUCGAAUUAUCAGAGGGGCUCAACCUCGGAGGGCUUCCAGUUGAGUUUGCACAGGCUCUCCCUCCACAUGCUCUACUACAACCCGUCGAUUGCCUUGCAAGCUUUGGACUCCAAGGGCAACCUCAAGAUCUUCUUCGAAACUGUCUUCAGCGCCUUCGACCGGCUCAACGACAAGGCAGUCACCCCACGACAAUAUGAUCGCAAGAUUUUCGUAUAUGCCAUGUCCUCCGUCCUCUCCCUCGGAUUCAACGUGCUGCCUCAAUACCUGCGAGAAAACUUUCACGUGUUGCUUGAGAAGCUUGUCGACGUCAUCAAGGAGCUCUUGAGUGUCAAGCAGAGGCGACGAAACAUGCAGUCUCAAAGCUCCUUGUCCGCGGGCUCUGACGAAAGCUCGAGAGAUAGCGACCUCUACCCUGAGACGGACUUUGGUUACUCCGACUACUUUCUGAGUGAUGAAUGGGAGUUGGCGAAGAACGAUUCCGAGGAGAGCAGGGACUCUGACGAGGACUCCGACGACGAGAUCGAAGUGCACGAUUACUACGAGCUCAACGAGGCGUUCUACAAGCGAAAUUACGUGGAGUUUUUCAAGAAUGCAUACGGGCAAUUUUGCACCACCAAUAAGGAGAUCCUCGAUCAGAUUCUGAACCGGGUCAACCCCAACACGAUCGACUCUAUCAACGAGGUUCUGCGAGAGGACACCGGCAGCGGCCAGUUGCAGACUGUCCGUGAUCACGACGUAACCAUCACAGAUUGA